GCUACUUCCUGGUUGAGGCCACUUUUGUUUCCCUCGGACUUGUUUACCGUGUCAGAGGCUGUAGAUCUCUGAGUAGAGGUAGGGACUGCUGCUCCCGGCCCCGCUCUGCCCACAGAGUCCGAUGGCGGCAGCGGCGCUGAGGGACCCGCCUCAGGUAAACGCUCGUCCUGCGGGCCCUCACCGCCCUCACCCCACCAGACACGGAAGACCCGAGUGCGGGGCGCCUGCUCACGUGCCCGCAGCCCAGGCCGCGGUGUCCAGGAAGAUGGGGGUCCCUAUUUCUCACAGACAGUGUGAUGGCGCGUGGGAGAGGGUUACAGGCGGAGGUACCGGCAUGUGUAAAGGAUUUGAGGGUGGUGUGACCUUUCAGGACAUUGCCAUGUACUUCUCCUGGGAGGAAUGGGGCCUCCUUGAUGAGGCUCAGAGAUGCCUGUACCUCGAAGUGAUACUGGAGAACUCUGCACUUGUAUCCUCGCUGAAGAUUGAUUUUCAUGGGAUGGAUACAUUCACAUUCUUCUACACAGCCUCAUGUCAACCAACAGGAAUGGUUCUGUAGGAAGCCAAUGACAGAGGAG